AUGAAGGCGGUCAACGAGGGGCGCAUCGGCAUUACGGACUCUGUGAUACGCCACUGGGACCUGUGCAUUCAGUGCCGUGCCUGCGAGGUGGCGUGCCCAUCCGGAGUGCCUUAUGGCAAUCUCAUCGAGGCGACGAUGCAGCAGGUUGCCGACAAGCGGAAGCCUAACUUCGUCAACGACAAGAUUGCAUCGCUCGCGCUCAAGCGGCUGCUGCCCAAUCAAGGCUUGCUGUCGAUGGUCGUUGGCAGCAUGCGCCUGUAUCAGCGAUUAGGCGUACAGACCGCGAUCAGGAAGAGUGGGCUGCUUCGUCUGCUGCCCGGCAAUAUGGGUGAAUUGGAAGGCUCGAUGCCAGAACUGCCGUCGGAGGUGUUCAAGGCGCAGGGGCAGGCGGGGCAGCACGAGCGGCGCUGGGAAUCUGCUAAAGAACAGAACGCCGACCUGACUCUCGAAGCCUACUAUGAGGAGAUGGGCAAGCGCGUUCCCAUAGGUCGUGUCGGUGAGGCACGUGAGGCGGGCGACCUUGUAACUUUCCUGGUGUCGGAUCGCGCCGCUUAUAUUACGGGCGUUGCAGUGAACAUCGACGGAGGAACAUCACCGGUCGUUUAG